AUGGGCUUCCCUCUAACGGCCCUGGCCGGCGUCUUCGCCGCGCCGCACGACGACGGCAUGCCGCUGCUCGAGGCCAUCUCGGGCAUCUUUGGCAGCAUCAGCAUGGCUUCGUGGAUAUGUCUGAUGCUGCCUCAAAUGGUUGCCAACUACAAGGCCAAGAGCGCCGACGGCAUCAGCAUGACCUUUUUGGUCGUCUGGAUGCUCGGCGACAUUACCAAUCUUUUGGGCGCCUUCUUCACCCACCUCGCACCGACGGCCAUUGCGCUCGCCUGCUACUUUUGCGUCGCCGACUGUGUCCUCAUCACGCAGUGCCUGUACUACAACAACCUCAACCGCCGCAGGGCCGCCGCCCGCGCCGCCCACCACCACGCCCACGCCCAUGCGAACGAGGACUCGCCGCUGCUCGGCCGCCGUCACAGCGCUUCGUCGCGCCGCGCGAGCCACUCCUCCCAGACCAAGAUGCCCAUCGGCGACGACGCCCUGGACACGAAGCCCUGGGUGCAGAACCUCGUCAGCCUGGUGGCCGUCUACAUCAUUGGCUUUCUGGGGUGGUACAUCUCAUACAAGGCCGGGGCGUGGAAGUCGGAUCCCACGCCGCCGUCCGACCCGUCCGAGCAGAGGACGACGCUCGAGGUUGUCGGCCUGAUGCUAGGCUACGCCAGUGCCUUUUUCUAUCUUGCCGCUCGUGUGCCUCAAAUCAUCAAAAACUACCGCGAAAAGUCAUGCGAGGGUCUCGCUCUGCUUUUCUUCCUCCUUUCGCUCACUGGAAAUGCCACUUACGGCAUCAGCCUGGUCACCUACUCGCAGGACAAAAAGUACCUACUCAAUGCCGUGCCAUGGCUACUUGGUUCCGUCGGCACGAUUUUCGAGGAUUCCAUCAUCUUCGUCCAAUUUCACAUAUACGCCAACAGCGCGCGUGUAUCCAACUCGUCGGUAUAA